AUGGAUGAUGAUGAUGAUGAUGAUGAUGAUGAUGAUGAUGAUGAUGAUGAUGAUGAUGAUGAUGAUGAUGAUGAUGAUGAUGAUGAUGAUGAUGAUGAUGAUGAUGAUGAUGAUGAUGAUGAUGAUGAUGAUGAUGAUGAUGAUGAUGAUGAUGAUGAUGAUGAUGAUGAUGAUGAUGAUGAUGAUGAUGAUGAUGAUGAUGAUGAUGAUGAUGAUGAUGAUGAUGAUGAUGAUGAUGAUGAUGAUGAUGAUGAUGAUGAUGAUGAUGAUGAUGAUGAUGAUGAUGAUGAUGAUGAUGAUGAUGAUGAUGAUGAUGAUGAUGAUGAUGAUGAUGAUGAUGAUGAUGAUGAUGAUGAUGAUGAUGAUGAUGAUGAUGAUGAUGAUGAUGAUGAUGAUGAUGAUGAUGAUGAUGAUGAUGAUGAUGAUGAUGAUGAUGAUGAUGAUGAUGAUGAUGAUGAUGAUGAUGAUGAUGAUGAUGAUGAUGAUGAUGAUGAUGAUGAUGAUGAUGAUGAUGAUGAUGAUGAUGAUGAUGAUGAUGAUGAUGAUGAUGAUGAUGAUGAUGAUGAUGAUGAUGAUGAUGAUGAUGAUGAUGAUGAUGAUGAUGAUGAUGAUGAUGAUGAUGAUGAUGAUGAUGAUGAUGAUGAUGAUGAUGAUGAUGAUGAUGAUGAUGAUGAUGAUGAUGAUGAUGAUGAUGAUGAUGAUGAUGAUGAUGAUGAUGAUGAUGAUGAUGAUGAUGAUGAUGAUGAUGAUGAUGAUUGA